AUGGGAGCGGCACGUAGAAAGAAGCGCAGACAAAAACUGACCAGGGAAGAAAAACUAGAGAAAAAAAGAAUCGCAGAGAGACUAAGAACAGAAAGAAUCCGCGCCGACCCAGUUUUGAUGGCGCUGUACAAAGAAAAAAACAAAGAAAAAUAUAUUAGAAAAAAAGAACGAGGUAGAAAGAAACGCAGAAGAAAACUGACCAGGGAAGAAAAACUAGAGAAAAAAAGAAUUGCAGAGAGACUAAGAAAAGAAAGAAUCCGCUCCGACCCAGUUUUGAUGGCGCUGUACAAAGAAAAAAACAAAAAAUGCAUAUUAGAAAAAAAGAACAAGGCAAAGUCAUCCCUAUUAAUCUUUUGCCCAAGAAGGAACAGGCACUACGCAGGAAAAAAAACCGCGAAUCCUCCAGGCUGUAGAAAGAGGCGCAAAAGAAAACUGACUAGGGAAGAAACACUAGAGAAAAAAAGAAUUGCAGAGAGACUCAGAAAAGAAAGAAUCCGCUCCGACCCAGUUUUGAUGGCGCUGUACAAAGAAAAAAACAAAGAAAUGUAUAUUAGAAAAAAAGAACGAGGCGAAGUCAUCCCUAUGAACCUUUUGCCCAAGAAGGAACAGGCACUACGCAGAAAGAGAAACCGCGAAAACUUCAGGCAUUUAAGAAUAAACGCCUAA